UCACCCCCACUUCUCCUUCCACCACCGAGAAGGAGAUCAACUACGUCUAAGGCAAUUGAAUAAUUCGCACAGAAGCAAUCUUUCUCACCUCCUCCUGCUUCGGAAGAGUAGUUGUUGCCGACACCCGCCGCGAGCAAUGGAGAUGAGGAAGAUUGCCUGUGCCGCCCUUGUCGUAGCCGCCUCUGCCGCCGCCGUUUUCGCAGAUGAGCAUGCACCCGCCCCGGCCCCCGCCAGCGCCUCCUUCGCAGUCGCCCCAGCGGUCGGUGCGGUGCUCGGCGCCUCCGUGCUCUCCUUCUUCGCCUACUAUCUGCAGUAAUUAAGCGCAUGCCCAGCUUGCAAGGAGGAAGAAAGAAGAAGAUCCAUGCGCAUGUGGUGGACGUACAAUAUAUGAGUGCUUAACUAUCACAAUUAAUCCAUUGAAUUAAACUUGUUCUCAAUGUAUAUCUUUCUCUUGUUCAGUCUUUCUUUCUUUCCUCUUUUUGUUCUUGUCAUGUUUCCUUCCUUCCUCGUUCUUUGGUUUUGAAAGAGGAGUGGUUGGGAUUUAAUUGUUUGGAUUUAAUUUCUCAUGGACAUGCAUGGAAUAAAAGGCCCAUAAGUUUAUUUA